AUGACUACCUCGGAGCUCACGCCGCCUUCUCAGGCGAGAAGAAACAAGAGAGCGCGACGACGCCGACAAGACAAGCCAGCAUUAUCGGCUAGGUUGAUUCUCGACGACCACAACGUGAGGGGAGAUGUGGGCAUUCUGUCCGAGGACCUAUUUGCAGACCUAUUCCCCCAUCUCCGCAACGUGCCCUCUCACGAAGAUGGUUUCGAAGACAUUCACCACGUUGCUAUCGCUCCUUGGGAACCGAGCCCUACCCCGACCGAAACCGCCUGGACCGUAGUACCCGUGAUCAAAUCCUCGGCUCUCAAACCCUCAACCGUCCAGUUCUCCCCCUCGUCCUUGUCGCUGCAGAACUUUGCCACCAUACUCCAACAACAUGCGCCUUCGAAGCUCUCGAGCAAUAGCCGCAGCGGCAUCGAGAUCCAGGUACUCGACGUAGUCACGCUCUCGCUCGAUACAGUAUACGUGAGCCUGGAGAGCGAACUGACGAGGCGCUUGGAGCAGGGCGAAGGCACCUUUUAUCGCGAUCACCCAAGCAAUGGCAAUGGCAAAGGGUCUGUGGCUUCGGAUGCUUCCGAAGAUCGCCUUAUCUCGGCCUUGCGUGUAGCAUUGGGCAGUCUGAAGGUCCUUCACUCCGGUGACCUCUUCCCUCUCCCGCUACCGCCGCACCCUGUCACCCACAUCCCCCCGAACCCCGGCAAGAUUAUGCUUUGUGAGCCUGUCAGUCAGGGAGUCCUGUCCGAGAGCACGAAAAUCAUCCUGUUGCGAGGUCGAGUACACACAAAGCGCGGCCAGGUCGCUCCUUCGAUUCCCCCGAACCGAAGCCUGAAUGGCGUCCCGGAGGACGAGGAGGACGAUACGGCCAAUGAUCAAUUCUACUCGGCUGCCGAAGACCGGUACAAGACUGACGCGGCGAACACAGACAUAGACUCCGUGACGGAGACGGAGGAGUCGGAGCUUUCGGGUAUCGAGCAGGAUGACGACCUCUCCGACGAUUCCAUGGACGACAUGAUUUCUCUGCAGGCGCCAACGCUGCCUACAACUGCGGCGAGUGGAGUUUCCACAAUGCAGCCCGGGACUCCGAUGACCAUUGGGAGGGGGCGAAAAACCAAUGGAAUCGCAACUCCCGCCUCUGUGUUUUCCAAUUUCACCGCGACUACGGCGCGCCCAGACCGGCCUCGAGGACGACUUUUCAAGGCGCAAGGGCUGGUUCGGACUAUUCCCGUGGACCUUCUCCACCCCAAACCGGCACCGGAAGACGACGAUGAAGCUAGGAUCUUUGUAGAUAUAACUUCCUUAUCCAAGAUUGGCUGCUUCUCGGGAGACUGGGUCCGUGUCGAGGCCGCAGAAGAGCCUCCCACGAAUGGCUUCGGUGCGUUUGGUCUCGGCAGCUUUACAUCGCUCGAGCCGGUCGAAUCCAGCUGGCGGCCUGUAAGAGUAUACGGCCUUCCAGAGGGGUAUACCCAGCGUCCAGUCACGCGGAUACCAAGCGCCAAACAUGGCGAACGCAAGCUAUCGUUCUUCGAGUCUCAGCUCCAGAAACCCAGUAGUCCGGCCGCUUAUAUUUCUCCAAUCUUGCUAGCCAACCUCGAUGAACCCUCGUAUCUCCGGCUAUCACCUAUCAAACGAGGGACGUACCAAGGGAAGGGGACGCUUCCCAAGUUUACAAGCGCAUCGCGACCUCCAUAUGCCCGCGACAUCACAAUUCAGCAUGUCCGCUCGCCUGUGACUGCGGAACGCGCCUAUCAGUCGGCGGUGCUAGGUGGUCUCAAGCGGUAUUUUGCCCAAAAGAUUCGACUAGUGCGGACAGGCGAUCUCAUUGCCGUGCCCAUCGAUACGCAGCUGGGAAAAGCUCUCCAAGAGCAGCCCAGCGGAAGCAAUGGAUCAGAGGUUGAUGACGUGAUGGCUCUGUCAAAAGAAGGAUCAUCGAGAUGCGAUCAAGUGGCAUGGUUCAAGGUUGGGCACAUUCAGAUUGCAAAGUCUGAUGCCGACGACGACCAGUCUGAGGAGUUGUGGGGAGGGGUCGCAUGCAUCGACAGCUCGUCCGUCGCUAUGCAUGGCUCUGGGUUCGCCACGAACCGAAUACCUGCAACCAAGUCCAAUACCUGGCCUUACUACCUGGGUGUCAAGAGAAUGCCCUCGAAAGUGCCGACUGCUUCAGCACUGACGUUCCCUGACCAAGACCAGCGUUACAUAUCAACUUUGCGGCGGCGUCUGCGAGAGUUACUUGCUGCAGCCACCAGUCCCAGAGCAGUCCAUCUCAAAAUGCCGCCUGUUGCAAUCCUGGUGACUGCCACCCACCGCAACAUAGGAAAGGCAACUGUUGCAUCGGACGCUUGUUCAGACAUUGGCCUGCAUACGUACUCGAUCGAUGCCUAUGACAUCCUCAGCGAAGCGGGGACAAGCGGCAGUGAUGUAAAGACGGAGGGUCUCUUGCGAACCAGGGCCGAAAGAGCGAUGAGCUGUGGCCCAGAAACCACGGCAUUGCUAAUCCGGCAUGUUGAGGCCUUGACAGCAGACCGCAUGGUUUCAACGAUGAAGGAGAUUUUGCAGGACACAAGGGUCUUGAUUGCGACAACCAGCGACGUCGACAAGGUGCCAGAUGGAGUUCGUGGCCUUUUUAGCCACGAACUUGAAAUGGGCGCCCCUGACGAAGCUGAGCGUGAAGGCAUUUUGAGGGCCAUUAUCGAGGACCGUGGCGUCAAUCUGGACCCCGAAAUUGACCUCAAUGCCAUAGCUCUGAAGACCGCGGCGCUGGUGGCCGGUGAUCUCGUAGACGUGGUUGAUCGAGCACUUAUCGCACAGCGACUGAGGCUUGAGCAGAUCUCUUCAACGGCAGAAUCCACUGGACAGGACGUGACAGUUCGCGACCUUCAGGUUGCCGGUGGACCGAUGGCGCGUUGCGUCACCAAGAGCGACUUUGAAGUCGCAGUCGAAGCCGCACGAAAGAAUUUUGCAGGCGCCAUCGGAGCGCCCAAGAUUCCAAACGUCACGUGGGACGACGUCGGCGGUCUGACCAACGUCAAGGACGCGGUGACGGAAACCAUCCAGCUACCGCUGGAGAGGCCCGAACUGUUCGCCAAGGGCAUGAAGAAGAGGUCGGGUAUCCUAUUCUACGGGCCCCCCGGUACCGGAAAGACCUUGUUGGCCAAGGCCAUUGCAACGGAGUACAGCCUGAACUUCUUCAGCGUCAAAGGGCCCGAGCUGCUCAACAUGUACAUUGGUGAGUCAGAAGCCAACGUAAGACGCGUCUUCCAGCGUGCCAGAGAUGCUCGCCCUUGCGUCGUCUUCUUUGACGAGUUGGACUCGGUGGCGCCGAAGCGUGGAAACCAGGGGGACAGCGGCGGCGUCAUGGACCGCAUCGUUUCGCAACUCCUCGCCGAAUUGGACGGCAUGUCGGGAGGCGAUGACACCAGCGGCGGCGUCUUCGUCAUCGGCGCCACGAACAGACCCGACCUGCUCGAUGCCGCUCUUCUCCGUCCCGGACGCUUCGACAAAAUGCUUUAUCUCGGGGUGUCAGACACCCACGACAAGCAGCGCACGAUCCUGGAGGCCCUCACCCGAAAAUUCACUCUCCAUCCCGCAGUGUCUCUGCAAGCCGUCGCGGACCGUCUGCCCUUCACCUACACGGGAGCCGACUUUUACGCCCUCUGCAGCGACGCGAUGCUCAAGGCCGUCACGCGGCAGGCCGCUGCCGUCGACGAAAAGAUCCGCGAGAUCAACGCAGAGAGGCCGCAGGGCCCCAUCUCGACGGCGUACUUUUUCGACCAUCACGCCACGCCGGAGGACAUUGCCGUCAUGGUCACCGAGGAGGAUUUCAUGAACGCACAUAACGAGCUCGUGCCGAGUGUCAGCGCGGGCGAGCUGGCGCACUACGAAAGUGUGAGAGCCAGCUUUGAGGGGUCGCCAGAGAAGCAACAGCCGCAGCCGCAGCCGCAGCCGCAGCAGCAACGGCCCACGGCGGUGGCGGCCGGUGGGAAUAGGGCGGUGUCUGGGUCUUCGGUCGUGUCGAGGGCCAGUUCCAAGGGAAAGGGGAAGGCGAUUGCUCCCGCGUCGUCUAAGGGUAAGGGGAAAGCCCUGGCUCUGGACAGCGACGACGACAACGACGAGUACGGAUCCGAGGGUGAUGGGGCUUUGACAAAUGGCAAGGGGAAGGGAAAAGGCAAGGCCGUUGCUGGAUUUCAGGAUGGGACGGCUAGUGAUGAUGAGGGAUUGUACUAA